CAUUCCAUUACCUCCUGUUCCUGGUCUGGCACAUCAAUGAGUCCUGCUGUCCGCACUCCAAUUCUUCCCCAGACCUCUUUGGCAAAGCUGCAGCGAAGGACCAGAUGUGUCGCUGUCUCUUGUUCUUGAUUGCAGAGGACACACACUGGGUUACAAGGCCAUUGUCUCAUGCUUAAUCUAUCUGCCGUGAGUAGUUUGCACUGCACAAGUAGCCAUGCAAAAAAUUGUACUUGCCCUCUGCAUGCACAUUCCACAUUGACGAUGCAUUGAAACUGCUGAUGGAACCCGUGUGCUGAAUCUGAUAGGCUGAGUUGGCACUUUACUCAUCGUUUGAAGUCCAUCGCCUAGUGAUGCAAUCCUGCUCUCAUCUGUCAACUGCCACUAGGUCCCAUAAUCUGAUGAAGCUAGCCAAUUCAGUGACAGAUUCCAUGCGCCACAACCCCCUCGUCCAGCUUUGGUGUUCAAGCUCUUCUUUGACUGUACGGUUCUUCCUCCAAGCAAGUUUAAACAGGUCCUGGAACAGAUCCAUUGGUGCCUUUCCAUUCAACCAUGACUACUGCCAGAAUCUUGCUUUCUCCCCAUUACCCAGGGUGACCACAGUACUGGCUCUGAAGAGUUGUCGAUCAACAGCUGUUACAGGUGGCUCAGUACCCACCCAGGGCCGUUCCGGCUAUGUCCACUCGAACCAAAGUCAUCUCAAGCGUAAAGCCCUGCUGAACAGGUCAAGGUCCAGUAUUCCCAAUUCCCCAAACUGUUUUGGCCUCAUUGUUUUAGCCCAGCUAACUAGGCAGCUUCCCCCAUUGGCUUCUGCAUCCCCUCCAGAUCUUGUCGGUCCUCUAAAUCGCCCAUUUUUGCAAUCUGAAAAAUGUCAGGUAAUAGGUUGGUAUUGAUGAACGGACAAGAGUUAAUCAAGCUCAAAUUGCCGGCUUUGUUCAUCAGUCGUCCCUUCCAGGUCAGCAAUCUGGCUCCCAUUUUGUCAAUCAGUGGCUGUAUGUCAGCUCCUCUUGAUGCUGUUGGAGAAGCCUUCAGAAUAUUAAGUUCAAAAAAAAAAGCUUCAGAAUAUAGUGCCAGCCAUAACCAGAAGAACAUUCAAGAGGAAGAAAUAGUGCAACAUAGAUGACUAAGCUAGAUAAAUACUAAAACAAUAUAAAAACCGCAAUCCUAUUUCGAUGUGAAUUGCAGGAAAGUGUAGUUUGCAACAUGUGAGUUUUUAUGAAUUAUGACAAUGGUGUGGUAGGGCCGGAUUUGUUGGGCAUCCUUGUGUUCUUUGGUCCUGACACUGCAUUCUGCAUUUCACCUACUUCCAGAUCCCAGACUAAUGGAUGUAAGCACAGAUUACUCCAAGUCGUGGUGCACCUGACAUGCUUCCAUAUCAUUCUUGAAAACGCCUGCUUUCUGGAGCAUGCACAUUUCUUUAUAAAGAGAGAGAGUAGCAGAGCAAUCCCAUGUUCUUCGCGCUAAUCGUAUAAGAAAUGACACAGAGUUGAGAUUUGUGAAGUAUAAAGACGAGACAGUGAAUCAUCAGACGGACACAGACCGCCAGCUACGCUAGCUGCUCGUGUGGUUGGUCCGUCACAGCAAUCCAAUCGAGUCGUCGGUAACAAAGAAGGCAGCCAGCAUCCAUGGCGAAGCGCGUUGCCACCGUGCUUGCCGUUGCUGCCGUCCUGAUGAUGGCGGUGCAGCCAUCGGAGGCGGCGGCUGAGGACGCGGCGCUCCGGUUCCCUGGCCGGGCGGGCAGCAGACCGCGCAACCCCGUUUUCCCGGGCUACCCCAGAGCCAGGCCGUCGCCGCCAACGUCCGGUUCCCCGGCACCACCCACGCCGUCGACACCUGUGUCGCCGCCUUGCCCCAGACCGGUGGUGCCGGAGAUGCCGCUUGUGCCGGGCUUCCCCGGGCUGCCGGGCAGCGUUGGUGGCUCUACUCCAUCGUCGUCACCGACCGACUGCGUGACGCCGCUGGCGGGGCUGAUGACCUGCGGGACGUUUCUGACUGGGAGCGAGUCGGAGACCCCCUCGCCGCAGAGCGAGUGUUGCAGCGGGAUCGGGGCCUUCCUGAACGCCUCGUCGGCGGCGGGGGACGGCGACCGGACCCUGCGGUGCCUGUGCCCGGUGAUCCUGGGCGACGUCAACAAGAUGCUGCCCAAGCCUGUGGAUCCCGUUCGGAUGAUGUAUCUGCCCAUCGCCUGCGGCGUAGUGCUUCCACCACAGGUCCUCUACAUCUGCUUCACUGGUGGGCAGCAAACCCCGCCGCUCGUCGGCCGCAUUCCUGACGUCUGGGAGAAGCCGUCGUCUGCAGCCUUGUCACCUUGACGCAUUUCAACAGGAACGUACGGAAGCCACCAUGAUUCAGGCAGGGACAUCUGAAUGCUUCAAGUUUAUCUGAAAUGUGCUGUGCCUGUACGCACUUUAGAAACCAACUACCAUACAUCAUGUCCGACGAUGUAAGAGUUACAAUGCAUGUCCUUAAUUUUAUAAGGGAAGAAUAUAUAUAUUAAUUACUUGUGCCUAUUCUCAUUCC